CCUGUUUGUGUUUGUGAACUGGACACUACCUAUAGCAUGGACACUACCUAUAGCAUGUGUUAUAAUGUGUGAUCUGGACACUACCCAAAGCAUGGGCACUACCUUUAGAUUGUCAUAUACCUGUUUGUGUUUGUGAACACGCCGUAAAGUGCUGCUUGUUAUAAAUGACACGUUCAACUCUUAAGUUUCGAUACAUGUUUUCUUCUCCACCCAGGGCAAACUGACUACGCUCCCUAUUUCCAUGACAACGGACCGAGCAGCACCAAUGGGAAUAUGGCUCUGUUCAGUAUCUCAGAAGACACAGAAGUCGGAACACAGCUAUAUAUCCUAAACGGUACCGACCCAGAGGGGGAUGCCGUGUGGUUUGGCUUGACCUUUGAGAAGGGCACCAGAGAAUAUCUGAGAGUGGACCCUAAGUCAGGAAACAUAACUCUCAUUCAGGAACUAGACAGAGAGAAACAAGGUGAAAUCUUGGCUUUUGUUAGCAUAACAGAUGGUCGGAAUAAGGUUGUCGAGACGAUACGGGUGUUUGUCACCGACGCCAACGAUGAGCAACCAGAGUUCCAGAACCUGCCUUUCACCGUGGACGUCCCCGAGGACACCGCAGCUGGAAGCAGCAUUUACAGAGUACAAGCGGUGGAUAAAGACAUGGGCUCUGGAGGCAGUGUCAACUACUACUUACUGGUAGAUCAUGUCCACAGCCCUGGGUCUGGCUCAUACAUAGAAAGAACAUGUUCUGAAACAGGGAGGGACUCUAUGAACUUGUCAAAUAAAACCUUUUUUUUCCUCUACAGUUUGCCCUAAUGAACACUGUCCUGGUCUGACAGAGAAUUCAGAGUUAGAUCAAAGGUUAUAUGGGGGAUCCAUUGUCAUACAGUAGAUAAUAUAUAAUAAUAUAUGUAUAAAUAUACUGUAUAUAUAUAACAGUUUAUUAGGUUUGGACCCCCUCCAUUUAGUACCAGUUUAGACCCCCCUCCAUUUAGUACCAGUUUGAACCCCCCUCCAUUUAGUACCAGUUUGGACCCCCCUCCAUUUAGUACCAGUUUGGACCCCCCCUCCAUUUAGUACCAGUUUAGACCCCCUCUAUUUAGUACCAGUUUGAACCCCCUCCAUUUAGUACCAGUUUGGACCCCCUCCAUUUAAUACCAGUUUAGACCCCCUCCAUUUAGUACCAGUUUGGACCCCCUCCAUUUAGUACCAGUUUGGACCCCCCUCCAUUUAGUACCAG